GAAAAAACGAUAAUGCUCUGAAGGCUGGGAGGAAGAAGGCUAAAGUCUCUAUUAAUGCACAACGGGAAAAGUCUAAGAUCUUUGUCAAUGAGGCCAAAAUUAAAAAAAAAACUGCGCCAUUUAAGGGAAGACUCGUCAAAGCGGAUACUAAAGAAAGUGAUUAUUUCUUUUACCGUAUUUUGGGAUUUCCUUUAGCUCUUCAAGUGUGGUUUUAUGAGUGUUGUGAUUACCGUGAUGGCGUUUUUGCUUCAAGAUCGGGUUCUCUAAUUCCCCGUAUACUUUCUUGGCGCUCUUCUGUUUCACUCACUUACAAGAAGUUGAAUAUGAGACUUCUUUGUUUAUCUGCUUCUCAGUUGAAGUUGCACAAUGUUGUUCUUACUGAGGUUGAAAAAGAUUCCCGUGAAUUGAAUGCUUUGUUUGUUGCUCAUGUGUUAAGGACCCAAAGUAUGUCUUCUGCUUCAAAUGAUGGGGAGGGACCUAGUAUUUCUUCUGGCACUGCUCGCUCAAGCUCUGGUCUAUUGGACUUUGAAAAAUGCCUAGACACUAAACUUGCUGAUUUUGAGGAAUUUGUUCAGGGCAAGUUUAAUGUUUUAGAACAGAAGCUUGAAUUGAGCGUGUUUAUCACUUUCUGAUUUUCAAUCUUCUAAGCAACCUGCUUUAGGUUUUGUAUCUUCACACCAAAAUCCUAUUAUACAAGAUUUAGUUGUUCGAA